UCAUCUAACAUAAUCAAUGUGAGCCAAUCAAGAAAAACCACUUUCUAUCAUCAUCUUCAAUCCAAAACAUCUUCCAAAAACUACGACAAUUGAGACAACAUUUUCUAUAGCAAAAACAUAUGUUUCACAAUUGUUGUUCAUUCACUCUCAUGGUUGUAUCAAAUGUUGGGUGGUUCACUUUCAACACCAACAACUCAAACUCUUAAAGCAACAAGAACAACAACAGUUACAAUGCUUUGUUCAUCUCAUAGAUUAUUAUCAACACAUUUUUGUCUUUUUAAGAAUCUUAUAGCAGGUAAUAGAAGAUUUUCCUCAAAUGAGAGUUGUUUUCUCAGAGGUAACCAAAUUAAUAUCAAGCAAGUUUUUGGGCUUAUCUCUCGUCGACCUCCAAGAAACAAAGCAGCAUUUGUUGUUUCUCCAAGAUGUGUUCUACCACUGACAGAAGAGAAUGUGGAAAGGGUUUUGGAUGAGGUAAGGCCUGGCUUGAUGGCUGAUGGAGGGAAUGUGGCCUUACAUGAGAUAGAUGGUCUUGUUGUUAUCCUCAAACUACAAGGAGCAUGUGGAUCAUGUCCUAGCUCAACCAUGACAUUAAAGAUGGGGAUCGAAACUCGUCUUCGCGACAAGAUUCCAGAAAUCUUAGAAGUCGAGCAAAUACUAGAUACUGAGACCGGUCUUGAGUUAACCGAAGAAAGUGUCGAAAGUAUUCUUUCGGAAAUUAGACCGUAUCUUAUUGGCACUGGAGGAGGAACAUUAGAGCUUGUUGAGAUAAGUGAUUAUACUGUUAAAGUUCGGUUAAGUGGACCGGCUGCAGGAGUCAUGACAGUUCGCGUUGCCUUGACGCAGAAGCUGAGAGAUAAGAUACCUUCUAUUGCUGCUGUGCAGCUGAUAGAAUGAUGUAACAUAUUUGUUUUUGUUUUUGAUGAUUCAAUACAAAGAUAUAAACUUGUCUUGAGAAAAAAAUUCACUGUCUUAUAGAUAUAUACAUAUUCGUUUACUCUUACAGGUGACAUGAAAUAUUCAACA